UCAGCACACAGCUGUUCAAAAUAAAUACCUGAAGAAGAAGGGGGAGAGAGAGAGAGAGAGAAAGAGAUUGUGUAUGUCUAUAAUGGCGGUUCUGAAAGUAUAUUUUCUCUUCUUCUCAAAACUUUCCCUGGUUUUCUUCUCUUCAGUUGCUGCCAUUGUUGCGUCCAGCACUAACCAACAAGAGCUAGAUCGAAUCUCAGCUCUUCCUGGACAGCCCCCAGUUCAAUUUCAACAGUUUUCGGGCUAUGUAACAGUCAAUGACAGCCAUGGAAGAGCUCUCUUUUACUGGCUAACAGAAGCCACCACAACUCCGGAGAAGAAACCUCUUGUUCUUUGGCUCAAUGGAGGGCCUGGAUGUUCAUCAGUGGCAUAUGGAGCCUCUGAAGAAAUUGGACCUUUCAGGAUUAAUAGAACUGGUUCAUCUCUGUAUCUCAAUAAGUAUCCAUGGAAUAAAGAAGCAAAUAUUCUCUUCCUUGAAUCACCUGCUGGAGUUGGAUUCUCCUACUCAAAUACAAGCUCCAAUCUUAAAGAUUCCGGCGACAAGCGGACAGCUCAGGAUGCUCUGAUAUUUCUCAUUAGAUGGCUUUCAAGAUUUCCACAGUACAAAUACAGAGAAUUUUACAUUGCAGGGGAAAGUUAUGCAGGGCACUAUGUUCCCCAGUUGGGCAAGAAAAUCAUUGAAUACAAUAAAUCUUUUUCGCGUCCCAUCAUCAAUCUUAAAGGAUUCAUCGUAGGAAAUGCUGUCACAGACAAUUACUAUGACAGUGUUGGAACUGUUACAUUCUGGUGGACGCAUUCGAUGAUAUCCGAUCAGACAUAUAAAUCAAUCCUCAAAUACUGCAACUUCACAGCAGAGAAGAGCUCUAAGGAAUGUGAUGAUGCUGUAUAUUAUGCAAUGAAUCACGAGUUUGGAAAGAUUGAUCAGUACAGCAUUUAUACACCGUUUUGUAUACAACUCCGCAAUGAAACUACAAAGACCCUGAGGCUGAAAAAUACUCUUCUAAGGAGAAGGGUUUCUGGGUACGAUCCUUGUACUGAGAAUUAUGCAGAGAAAUACUAUAAUCGACCGGAUGUGCAGAAGACAUUGCAUGCAAAUGUUACUGGAAUUCCAUACAAAUGGACUGCCUGCAGUGAUGUUCUUAUUAAUAAUUGGAAUGAUUCUGAAGUUUCUAUGCUCCCAACAUACAAAGAGCUGAUUAAAGCUGGUCUCAGAAUCUGGGUUUUCAGUGGAGACACAGAUUCAGUGGUUCCAGUAACAGCCACAAGGUUUUCUCUUAGCCAUCUCAAUCUGCCAAUCAAAACUCCUUGGUAUCCUUGGUACUCAGGCAACCAGGUUGGAGGCUGGACAGAGGUUUACCAAGGGCUAACAUUUGCUACAGUAAGAGGAGCAGGCCAUGAAGUUCCUUUAUUUCAACCCAAGAGAGCUUACAUUCUUUUCAAAUCAUUCUUGGCAGGAAGAGAACUGCCAAAAUCAUGACACAUUACUGGGAGAAGAUAGCUACAAUUUUAGUGCAUAACUUCCCCAUAAGAAUUAUGGGAGUAGGAAUGAUUCAUUCAAAUUAGUAUUUGUAUUACUGGGACAAUUUAAAUUUGUUAUGUGUUAUAGCAGGAAGCAGUAUGAGAUUUCAUAUGUGUAUGCAAAACAGCCUCUUGUGUGCAUCACUUCUGCAUUUUGAUAUUAAGCAAAUGUGAAUGAUACC